AUCAGCCUUUACCUGAUCCCGGAUUUGUUGCACUUCUUCGCCUACAUAUUUGUCUUCUAUUUGAUGCGAACGCCUGAGUGUGAGAUCCUUCAGAACCUUCUGGAGCGGGCGUUCCUUCAGUCCACUCGUAUUAACGGCUGGUUUAUAGCGCAGAAGAAAUUGGUCCAUGAUUUGCGUACAUUCCUCUGGAUGUCCGUCACGUGGGUUGCGGUGUCACUGAUUGGUCACACCAUUCACAUAACACUGUUUCAAGAGAUGUGCUUCACAUGGAUGGACACCGACAACCAGACGCUCAUCAGAAUCAUGACUGCGUUCACAAUAUUGUCUCUCACUUGGAAUGACAUCAUAUGCGCGGCGAUUGUCACCAGUUAUUCAGUCCACUGUCAGCUCAACAUAUCAUACAUUUGUAAUCUGGUUUCAGCCGUCAGAGAGAAGCGCAUCGACUUUCAGGAGUUCAGCAAAAGGUCGGGUGAGUCGCGAAAGUUUGUGGAGUAUCUCAACUCAGAGCAGGCGUUGGGAGUGUCGCUACUGAUCAUCAAUUUCGGCUGUCGAGCAGUUGUCGCU